AUGGUCACCGGACAGGCCGUCGUCCUCUAUUCACGGCUCAACCUCGUCGUACAUAGCCCCAAAGUCCUGCACCAUAUGCUAGUUAUGAUCGUGUUCAAUGCGAUUUGCUUGCACAUUCCCACCACUCUCCUGACUUAUGACUCUAACUCCAGUACCAAAACCGCCUACAUCAACGGCUAUGGGGUCAUGAAGCGCAUCCAGCUAAUCGAUUUCUCCCUGCAGGAGUUCAUAAUCUCAGGGCUAUACAUUCUUAAGACGGUCGAGAUGUUCCACUUGGACAUGGAGACAUACGACUAA